AUGGCACAGGCAACGCCGUUUCAGAAGGAGGCGUGGACGGAAUACGGAAUUGGUGUUCUCAUCAUCCUGGGUCGAAUAUUUGCACGGUGGAAGGUGGUGGGAGUGAAGAACUGGCAGGGCGAUGAUUACUUUGCCAUCCUCGCGUUGCUCUUUUGGACGGCUGAACUCACCAUGUUGGAACUCAUCGCGGGCCGCCAUGACCCCGGACCAGGUCAAGAGUCUUGUCAUCGGCUCCAAGUGUCUGCUUGCUGGAUGGGUGUGCUAUGUGACACUCAUCUGGUGUCUCAAGGCCUGCAUGUUAUUCUUCUACAACCGCUUGACACUGGGUCUCAUACAGCAGAAGCUCGUCAGGAUCAACGCGGUGCUGUGCGCGUUGUCCUAUGUCGCGGUCAUCUUCACCAUUUUCUUCCAUUGCCUUCCGAUACAAAAGCAUUGGCAGAUAUACCCGGAUCCCGGAGACCACUGCACUGUCGACCGAAUCAACUACAUCGUCCUCGCCGUAACCAACGUCUGCACGGAUGCCGUCCUUGUCUCGAUUCCCGUUCCCCUGCUCGCCAAAGUCCGAUUAGCAUUGCGCCGAAAACUCGUCAUCGGCGUCCUCCUCUGUGGCGGUGUCUUCGUCAUGUGCGCCGCCCUCCUCCCUCCUCCGCUGCAUCCUCUCCCUGCGAAGCAUCAACAGCAUCAACACCAGCACCAUCUGGGCCAUCCGCGAAACCUUCGUUGCACUCAUCGCCGUCAACGCCCCCUGCAUCAAACCCCUCUUCAGCUCCUCCGUCUGGCUCGGCUCCUCCAAAGACCCCUCCUCCAAAAACGCACAUCGCUACGGCGAAAGCGGCAGCUACUCCCUCUCCGUCUUUGGCAAAUCCAAACCCGAUCCCCUCGUGUCGCACACGAGUAAACUGGGCGACCACGCCAGCGACGAGUUCAUCCUCCGCGAGCAGCGAGAGAAUGGGCCGACAUACGUCAAUGAUGUGA